AUGCUCGCCGGUCCUGGCAAAUCGAACGAGGGCUGGUCCCAGCAAAUUCAACGCGAGUCGCCUCAGGGUCUUCUGACUAGAGACCGUCAUGAAGAGACGCGCACAAGUGGUUAUAGCGCUCAUACCAAUGUUAUGGAUCCGUUUUGGACGGGCCCGGCGGCUGUUCGUCCUCCUCAGGACGCGACCAAAUUCAGGCUUCCUAUUCCGGACUUCACUCCGACCUCAGUCCCUCCAUCCUCGCAGGGUCCUAUGGUUCAAUUGCCAAUUCAAGACUUCGCGAAGAUAGUUCAGGACUUGAACGAGCUGAAGCUCAAAGUGAACAAAUUGACCGAGUCUCCAGCUACGCCUAGCGUCAACCGUGGCACUGGAAUUGGUUCGUUCUCCACCCCAAGGAGAAGACCUCCACCCCUGAAGCUCACGUUUGCUACCACAGCGCAGUUGGCUCGCCCGAGCCUGGAGAAUCUUGGAUAUAGUGCUAACACGCCUAUCUACAUGCCUAGUCCAGUCACCCCCAUGUCUCCAUUUACAACGGGGAGGUACGGUGGAGCCUUUGAAUCAUAUGGACGACGUACCGGUCCCUCUGGUCGCGGUCACCGCCGUACUCGCACUCCGGUGCACAAAUCCAGCACCGGUUCUCUCCAUACCCCGGAAACUUCGCCCCUCAAGCCACAAGAUGAUCGUCCAUUGAUUGCUGACUUCUUCGAUGAUAUAGUAGCUUGGGCUAACCUCUGGGCCGCGCGCUCUCUGACUCCGAAGGAGAUCUCCGAGCUCGUCAAGGCGAUGCCAUCUGUGGUCGUUGAGUUUCUCGGUCAUGGCCUUUGUGACGCUCCGCUCGACCUUUACGCGACGGGAGCAGCAAUCCUGACUGACGAGACUCUCCGCCCGAACCUCAUUGCUGGUAUUGUUGGCAUGUAUAUUGUCUACUACACUAUGGAAGACGGUUUCAUCAAACGCUCCACUUUUCCCUUGGCCGUGUUUGCGGACGCUCUUGUCCAUGAGUUCAAGUCCCUUGGGGAUCAUGAAGGUGAGAAGAAGAAUGACGUCCUUGUUCGGCAGAAACAGCUAUACACGUCUAUCAAGGAGAAGCCCGGACAUCGCAAGAUGAGGAGCAUCAUGGCGAACAGGCUCUCGAACGCAUUGGUCGCACAGAUGGGCCCCCUCCUGCGCUCCGCGACCGAAGCUCCCGUACUCGAGGCCAAGGACCGUAACUUCGCCCUUCAGGACCUCUUCGUGCGCGGCUUCCGUAUCGGCUUCCGCAUGCACAUGGAAGCCGCCAAGUGGACGACGAGCUGGCCGCUUCUCGGGCAAGAUUUCGACUGGAGCCAGAUGGUCAAUCUGUCUCGCACCCUCCAUGGCGAUCCCACGACCACGUAUCAGAGGGUCAUGCAGGCUCCGGGGCUGUACACGGUACGCUUUGCAGUUUCGCCGGUCAUUAUGAAGGAGACGUUUGGGAAGGGGGAAGCGGAGGGAGAGGCGAAGAAGCAUGUCGUGCAUCAUGCCGAAGUUCACGUGGAGAAGAAAAUGAGCAUCAUUGGGGCGGAGAGGAAGUACUCCAAGACUCUACCGAAUGGGAACUAG